AUGCCAAAGCCUACUUUAAAUAACCUUAUUAGAAUGUCGCCAAGCCGAGCGCCAAUAAUAUCACGUGAUUCGGCCCAACACGCUAAACCCGAUCAUGCCCUAGACCGCCAGGAUGCCGGUAUGUGCGAGAUACUGACUGCUACUGAUUCCCUUCCCGUCCCUUCCCCUUACGUCGAUCGGCCGCUCGCAGGCGCUGCACCACCACCACCACCACUACUACUGCUACUUGUUAGAAUAGAAAUGACGGCUAACUUGGGAUCUGAAAUACAGAGCCAGAAAUCGUUCCGCACCAAGCAGAAGCUUGCCAAAGCCCAGAAGCAGAACCGUCCCAUUCCCCAAUGGAUUCGUCUGCGGACCGGAAACACCAUCAGGUAA